AUGGGCGUCGGCGGGGAGAAGUUCCAGCUGGGGACGGUGGGGGCGCUGAGCCUCUCGGUGGUGUCCUCCGUCUCCAUUGUCAUCUGCAACAAGGCGCUCAUGAGCUCCCUCGGCUUUAACUUCGCCACUACCUUGACAAGCUGGCAUCUGCUGGUUACAUUCUGCUCUCUUCAUGUGGCAUUAUGGAUGAAGUUCUUUGAGCAUAAGCCUUUCGAUUCAAGAACUGUCAUGGGAUUUGGAGUACUUAAUGGAAUCUCCAUUGGGCUCCUCAACUUGAGUCUUGGCUUCAACUCUGUUGGGUUUUACCAGAUGACUAAGCUGGCGAUCAUCCCGUGCACUGUCAUUUUAGAGACACUUUUCUUCAGGAAGAAGUUCAGUCGGAGUAUCCAGAUGUCCCUUUCUGUGCUCCUUCUUGGUGUUGGUGUUGCAACUGUCACUGAUCUGCAACUCAAUGCUGUCGGAUCCAUACUGUCCUUGCUGGCAAUUAUCACGACUUGCAUUGCUCAAAUUAUGACAAACACCAUCCAAAAGAAGUUCAAGGUCUCGUCAACCCAACUGCUCUACCAGUCUUGCCCUUACCAAUCACUGACCCUGUUUCUCAUUGGCCCCUUCCUUGAUGGCUUUUUGACUAACCAAAAUGUCUUUGCUUUUAAUUAUACAUCUCAAGUUGUGUUUUUCAUUGUGUUGUCGUGCUUGAUGUCGGUCUCAGUGAACUUCAGCACUUUUCUUGUGAUCGGAAAGACAUCUCCUGUUACUUACCAAGUCCUGGGGCAUCUUAAAACAUGUCUUGUUCUUACCUUCGGUUAUGUUUUGCUUCACGAUCCGUUUAGCUGGAGAAACAUACUUGGAAUCCUAAUUGCAGUAGUUGGAAUGGUCUUGUAUUCAUACUUCUGCACAGUGGAGACCCAGCAAAAAAACAGCGAAGUCUCCCCACAGCAGGUGAAAGAAAGCGAGGCAGCCCCUUUGAUCGCAGACUCUUUGAGCAAAGUUGAAAAUGGGGGCGGUGUUGUUGAUGACGAGCCUUUGAAGGUACCCAUGUGGAGCUCAAAGUAUUCGCGGGAGUGA